CUCGCUUUAGAAACACCAAAGUCUACCGCCGAUAGGGAGAAGCCGGCGACGGCGUUCCGGCCGGUAGCUUAGCUGCACCUGCAUCUGAUCUACAUGCACGCGAGGCGGCACAGAGGCUUCCGGCUCGGCCGGAAGCUGCUCGGGCUGUGGCGAUGGGCGCUCUGCCACCGCCGGCGCCGGCGCGGCCGCGGGUACAUCCGCUUGCAGCCGUGCCCACCGGGAGGCAGCUCACCUCUUCUGGCCAGGAGCGGGAGCGCCAAGAAGCUGCCGCACCAGCAGCAGCAGAUCGUGGUGCAUCAGCGGGGCGAGGCGCCGGGGAUGCUCAAGUGGGGGCGGUCGCUGGCGCGGCGGAUGAGGCUACUCCGGCGCAGGGGCUCCGGCGGCGACGGCCGGAUCCUGGAGGACGCCCCGGGGGAGGCGACGACGCCCAAGGGGCAGGUGGCCGUGUACGUGGGCGGCGGCGAGCCAGGGGAGUCCAUGAGGUACGUGGUGCCGGUGGUGUACUUCAACCACCCGCUGUUCGGGGAGCUGCUCCGCGAGGCCGAGGAGGAGUUCGGGUUCGCCCACCCUGGCGGCAUCACCAUCCCCUGCGCCGCCGCGCGGUUCGAGCGCGCGGCCGCCGUGGCCGCCGCCGGCGGCGGCGGCAGGAAGGCGCCCGCCUGGUGGUAGCACGUGGCCGCGCCAUGCCCGGUGCAUGUACAUACACAUGUGUGCUCGACUGAAUAGGACUCGAACGUGUAUGUGUAUCCGUUUUUUUUUUCUUUUCCUUGCUCCCCUCUCUCUGUGGGUGUGCAUGUCUGCACGCGAUGAUGUGAGGAGGCUAGUCAGUAGAUUUUACAGAUGGAGGAUGCUAAUAGAUCACCGUUUUUUUGCCCCAAGAUCCUCGAUCUUUGCUACGCCGAAUUGUGUGUUCUUGUCAAAGCUAGUAAGAUCCAGUACGUGCAGGAAUUGAUUAAGCCGUUGUGAAGAUCUCUGCUACUUCCAGCCGGCUUCCUGAAUCUGACCUUCAAACCGAGGUCAGUUGGGCGAUGCAGCAAGCAACUUCCACGCAAGUAGACACUGUACACCUCUGCUGUUAGCCAUCCCAAGAGAUGCUUGCAGAUUAGCUCAAACGGAGUGCAGCUUUGUCUCGAGCGUCUUGGUCACUGCACCUGCACCGCAGUUUUAGCACAAGACGUAGAGUAAUUCUUUUGUUCGUUCGAUACAUGAUCAGGUGUUUGGCAUCUGUACUUCUCCAAUCUCCACGGUAUCUGUCAUCAAGUGUAGUGAGAAAAAUUAUUCGUGUUAUAUAGUUAGUAGUAAUUUGCGCCUUACGGCCAUUAAUUAUCGUUAAUCUGCUGGAGCAGUUUGGAAUUUUGGACGAUCAGGUAUAAUCUUCUCAGUGA